AAGGGCAACGAGAAAAAAUUAUCUUUGCCGAUGGAGAAAUUUAUGAUAAUAAUUCCAAACGAUUUUGGAAAAAGAAGCCCUAAGGGAUUGGGAUUUUUGGGGUGAGGCUGCUGAGUCAUCAGCAGCACAAUUGUGUGGUUCUUCCUCUCCCCACGAUUGUCCCACCUAUCCACAAACCUCAUUUCUCCCGUCUCUUUGGAGACCUAACCAAAUCUUAUUGUCAUGAUCUGGUAAAACCUCUCUCGCGAUCUUAAACCCUUUCUUCUCCCAGCUCUGUUCUCAACAAUCCGAGCAUCGAACCGGUUUCCAUGGCAUCCAUUUCUAGAGUUGUACCCAGAGACUGUAGGUUAAGCCAAUGCAGUGGCUCAUAUACGCUUGGCGAUUCCUGGGUUCUUGCUCGGAGAGUUCGGAAUCGUCUGGAUUGUACGAACUUGGGUUCGGUUCGUGAUGUCGGAAAAAGUUUAGCGAUCCAAAACUAUAAACCAUGUAGCUCCAUUGUUGCUCUUACAUCAACCUCGGCUGUGACAUGUUCUUCCAGGACCAUGCGAAUUGCUUGCAAGGCGGCAACAGAUGUACCGGGUGAAUCGGGUGAUGUACCUGAUAGCUCUUCAAGUGGGAUGAGCAAUUACGAGAAGAUUAUUGAACUUUUAACGACCCUUUUUCCAGUUUGGGUUAUUUUGGGAACACUUAUUGGCAUCUACAAGCCAGCUGCAGUUACAUGGCUGGAGACUGACCUUUUCACUGUCGGUCUGGGAUUUCUCAUGCUUUCCAUGGGAUUGACACUAACCUUUGAGGAUUUCAGAAGGUGUUUACGUAAUCCAUGGACGGUGGGUGUCGGUUUUCUUGCACAAUAUUUAAUCAAGCCUGCGCUAGGCUUUGUCAUAGCGAUGAGUCUAAAACUUUCGGCACCUCUUGCGACGGGCCUUAUCUUGGUCUCAUGCUGCCCCGGAGGACAGGCCUCGAAUGUUGCAACCUACAUUUCCAAGGGGAAUGUCGCUCUCUCUGUUCUCAUGACAACGUGUUCGACCAUCGGGGCUAUUGUGAUGACUCCUCUUCUCACAAAGCUUCUCGCUGGCCAGCUCGUUCCAGUUGAUGCUGCAGGACUUGCCAUCAGUACUUUCCAAGUAGUUUUGGUUCCUACCGUCAUUGGAGUGUUGUCAAACGAGUUCUUUCCCAAAUUCACGUCAAAGAUUAUAACCGUGACACCUCUGAUCGGGGUUAUCCUGACCACCCUUCUCUGCGCGAGCCCGAUCGGGCAAGUCUCGGAGGUCUUGAAAACUCAAGGAACUCAGCUUCUGUUACCGGUUGCGCUUCUUCAUGCUGCGGCCUUUGCUCUUGGCUAUUGGAUUUCGAAGUUUUCUUUCGGCGAGUCCACUUCACGUACCAUCUCUAUCGAGUGCGGAAUGCAGAGCUCCGCCCUCGGGUUCUUGCUUGCGCAGAAGCAUUUCACCAACCCUCUGGUGGCCGUUCCUUCUGCAGUCAGCGUUGUCUGUAUGGCGCUCGGUGGGAGCGCCCUGGCCGUGUUCUGGAGAAACCGGCCGAUCCCCGCGGAUGAUAAGGACGACUUCAAGGAAUGAAAUGGAGGACGAACACAGAGAUGUUAAGGAACGGAACGUUUGUUUGGCAUUUCGUACCCUUUUUGAGUGAUUUUAUACAUUUUGUUAGGAAGCCGUUUGACGAGGAUUCGUUGUUAUGAUGAAUGCGUUUGGGAGAUUCAUGUAGCUUAUUGGUGGACCGCAACGGUUUAAUAUUUCUUAAAUAUUUUUUGUUGAA